GAAAUCAGCCAGAUCCAGAGUAGAAUCGAGGAUGAGCAGCUUCUGGGCAUCCAGCUGCAGAAGAAGAUCAAGGAGCUGCAGGCUCGUAUUGAGGAACUGGAGGAGGAAAUUGAGGCAGAGCGAACCUCUCGGGCAAAAGCAGAAAAGCAUCGGGCUGACCUCUCGAGGGAGCUGGAGGAGAUCAGUGAGCGCCUGGAAGAAGCAGGAGGGGCUACAGCAGCUCAGGUCGAGAUGAACAAGAAGCGUGAGGCGGAGUUCCAGAAGAUGCGUCGUGACCUCGAAGAGGCCACGCUGCAGCACGAAGCCACAGCUGCUGCCCUGAGGAAGAAGCACGCGGACAGCACCGCUGAGCUUGGGGAGCAGAUCGACAACCUGCAGCGAGUGAAGCAAAAGCUGGAGAAGGAGAAGAGCGAGCUGAAGAUGGAGAUCGACGACUUGGCCAGUAAUAUGGAGUCUGUCUCCAAAGCCAAGGCAAACCUUGAGAAGAUGUGUCGCACUCUGGAAGACCAACUAAGUGAAUAUAAAACAAAGGAGGAGCAGAAUCAGCGCAUGAUUAGUGAUCUCAGUGCUCAAAGAGCUCGUUUGCAGACAGAAUCUGGUGAAUAUUCACGCCAGGUGGAGGAAAAAGAUGCUUUAAUUUCUCAGCUGUCUAGAGGGAAACAGGCUUUCACCCAGCAGAUUGAAGAAUUGAAGCGGCAACUAGAGGAAGAGAUAAAGGCCAAGAAUGCGCUGGCCCACGCCUUGCCGUCUGCUCGCCAUGUCUGUGACUUGCUCCGGGAACAAUAUGAGGAGGAGCAGGAAGCCAAGGGGGAGCUGCAGCGUGCCCUGUCCAAGGCCAACAGCGAAGUGGCCCAGUGGAGAACCAAAUACGAGACGGAUGCUAUUCAGCGCACGGAGGAGCUGGAGGAGGCCAAGAAGAAGCUGGCGCAGCGCCUGCAGGAUGCAGAAGAACAUGUUGAAGCUGUCAAUGCCAAAUGCGCCUCCCUGGAAAAGACAAAGCAGAGGCUGCAGAAUGAAGUGGAGGACCUGAUGAUUGAUGUGGAGAGAUCAAACGCUGCCUGUGCAGCUCUGGAUAAGAAGCAGAAGAACUUUGACAAGAUCCUGGCAGAAUGGAAGCAGAAGUAUGAAGAAACACAGGCUGAGCUGGAAGCCUCCCAGAAGGAGGCCCGCUCUCUUAGCACGGAGUUGUUUAAGAUGAAGAAUGCCUAUGAGGAGUCCUUGGACCACCUGGAAACGCUGAAGCGUGAGAACAAGAACUUGCAGCAGGAGAUUUCUGACCUCACAGAGCAGAUUGCAGAGGGAGGAAAAGCAAUUCAUGAGCUGGAGAAAAUCAAGAAGCAGAUUGAGCAGGAGAAAUCUGAAAUCCAGGCUGCCUUGGAGGAAGCUGAGGCCUCCCUAGAACACGAAGAGGGCAAGAUCCUGCGUCUCCAACUUGAGCUCAACCAGGUCAAGGCUGAGAUUGACAGGAAGGUAGCAGAGAAAGAUGAAGAGAUCGACCAGAUGAAAAGAAAUCACCUCAGAAUGGUGGAGUCCUUGCAGAGCAGCCUGGACGCUGAGAUCAGGAGCUUUAUACUAAAAAUCUUGCCAUUUGUCUUUAUGCAGAACACCAGCUUGAUCAAUACCAAGAAGAAGCUGGAAACAGACAUUGCCCAAAUUCAGGGUGAGAUGGAGGAUACCAUCCAGGAAGCCCGCAAUGCUGCAGAGAAGGCCAAGAAGGCCGUCACAGAUGCGGCCAUGAUGGCAGAAGAGCUGAAGAAGGAGCAGGACACCAGCGCCCACCUGGAGAGGAUGAAGAAGAACCUGGACCAGACGGUGAAGGACCUGCAGCUCCGUCUGGAUGAGGCUGAGCAGUUGGCACUGAAGGGAGGCAAGAAGCAAAUCCAGAAGCUGGAGGCCAGAGUGCGGGAGCUGGAAGGGGAGGUUGAUGCUGAGCAGAAGCGCAGCGCUGAAGCUGUGAAGGGUAUGCGCAAAUAUGAGAGGAGGGUGAAGGAGCUGACCUACCAGUCUGCGGAAGACCGGAAGAAUAUUCUCAGGCUCCAGGAUCUGGUGGACAAGUUGCAAAUGAAGGUGAAAUCCUACAAGAGACAAUCUGAAGAGGCUGAGGAGCUGUCCAAUGUCAACCUCUCCAAGUUCCGCAAGAUCCAGCAUGAGCUGGAGGAAGCCGCGAAAGCAGAGCACAAGGUAAACAAGCCCCGAGCCAAGAGCCGGGAUUUCCAUAGGAGGAUAGAAGAGGAAGAGUGA